CCAUAUUCCCUCCCGCUGGCCGGUCCGCGGCGUGCAGCCACCAUGAGCACCGCCGCCUUCCACAUCUCCAGUCUCCUGGAGAAGAUGACGUCCAGCGACAAGGACUUCAGGUUCAUGGCCACCAGUGACCUGAUGUCAGAGCUGCAGAAGGACUCCAUCCAGCUGGAUGAGGACAGUGAGCGCAAGGUGGUAAAGAUGCUGCUUAGACUCCUGGAAGACAAGAACGGCGAAGUACAAAACCUGGCGGUCAAGUGCCUGGGUCCUCUGGUGGGCAAAGUGAAGGAGUACCAGGUGGAGACCAUCGUGGAUGCUCUCUGUGCCAACAUGCGGUCAGAGAAGGAGCAGCUCAGAGACAUCGCUGGUAUCGGCCUCAAGACCGUCCUGUCGGAGCUCCCCCCUGCAGCCACAGGCUCUGGACUGGCCACCAACGUGUGCCGGAAGAUCACUGGCCAGCUCACCAAUGCCAUCGCCCAGCAGGAGGAUGUAGCCGUGCAGCUGGAAGCCCUGGACAUCCUCUCCGACAUGCUGAGCAGGCUGGGCGCCCCACUGGCUGCCUUCCAUGCCAGCCUCCUGCACUGUCUCCUGCCGCAGCUGAGCAGCCCGCGCCUGGCCGUGCGCAAGCGAGCGGUUGGGGCUCUCGGCCACCUGGCGGCCGCCUGCAGCACCGACCUCUUUGUGGAGCUCGCCGACCACCUGCUGGACCGGCUGCCGGGCCCGCGUGCACCCGCCAGCCCCGCCACCAUCCGCACCCUGAUUCAGUGUUUGGGCAGCGUCGGCCGUCAGGCGGGCCACCGCUUGGGGGCCCACCUGGACCGCUUGGUGCCCCUGGUGGAGGAGUUCUGCAAACUGGAUGACGAUGAGCUCCGGGAGUCCUGCCUCCAGGCCUUUGAGGCCUUCCUGAAGAAGUGCCCCAAGGAGAUGGGCCCUCACGUGUCCAAGGUGACCAGCCUGUGCCUCCAGUACAUGAAGCACGACCCCAACUAUAACUACGACAGUGACGGGGACGAGGAGCAGAUGGAGACAGAGGAUAGUGAAUGCAGUGAGCAAGAGAGUGAGGACGAAUACAGUGAUGACGACGACAUGAGUUGGAAGGUGCGCCGGGCAGCGGCGAAAUGCGUGGCGGCUUUGAUCAGCUCCCGGCCUGACCUACUGCCCGAAUUCCACGGCACCCUGGCACCCGCGCUCAUCCGCCGCUUCAGGGAACGUGAGGAGAAUGUCAAAGCUGACGUCUUCGGGGCUUACAUCGUGCUGCUGCGGCAAACGCGGCCCCCAAAGGGAUGGCUGGAGGCCGUCGAGGAGCCCACUCAGACCGGCAGCCGCCUCCAUGUGCUGCGAGGACAGGUGCCCCUUGUGAUUAAGGCCCUGCAGCGGCAGCUUAAAGAUCGGAGCAUCAGGGCUCGCCAGGGCUGCUUCAGUCUCCUCACCGAGCUGGCGGGCGUCCUCCCUGGCAGCCUGGCAGAGCACAUGCCUGUGCUGGUAGCAGGCAUCGUCUUCUCACUGGCAGACCGUUCCAGCUCCUCCACCAUUCGCAUGGAUGCCCUAGCUUUCCUGCAGGGGCUGCUGGGCACGGAGCCGGCCGAGGCCUUCCACUCACACCUGCCCACCCUCCUGCCACCUGUGCUGACCUGUGUGUCAGACUCUUUCUACAAGGUUGCGGCUGAGGCCCUGCUGGUGCUACAAGAGCUGGUACGGGCCCUGUGGCCCCUGGACAGGCCUCGGAUGUUGGACCCCGAGCCAUACGUUGGAGAGAUGUCUGUGGCCACCCUGGCUCGCCUCCGUGCCACCGACCUGGACCAGGAGGUGAAAGAGCGGGCCAUUUCUUGCACAGGCCACCUCGUGGGCCACCUGGGUGACAGGCUAGGGGAUGACCUGGAGCCGUCAUUACUGCUGCUCUUGGAUCGCCUACGGAAUGAGAUCACCCGGCUGCCUGCUGUCAAAGCACUGACACUGAUAGCUGCGUCCCCGCUGCGGCUUGACCUACAGCCCGUCCUGGCCGAGGCACUGCCCAUUCUGGCCUCGUUCCUGCGCAAGAACCAACGGGCGCUGCGGCUGGCCACACUGGCUGCCCUGGAUGCCCUGGCUCAUAGCCAGGGACUCAGCCUCCCUCCAUCUGCUGUGCAGGCUGUGCUGGCCGAACUGCCUGCUCUGGUCAGCGAGAGCGACAUGCAUGUGGCCCAGCUGGCUGUGGACUUUCUCGCCACUGUGACCCAGGUCCAGCCAGCCUCUUUGGCCAAGGUCAGUGGCCCCGUGCUCUCAGAGCUGCUGAGGUUGCUACGUUCGCCCCUGCUGCCAGCAGGUGUGCUGGUGGCCACCGAAGGCUUUCUGCAGGCUCUGGUGGGGACCCGGCCCCCCUGUGUGGACUAUGCCAAGCUCAUCAGCCUGCUCACUUCACCUGUUUACAACCAGGCUGCGGACGGCGGGUCAGCCCUCCACAAGCAGGUGUACCACUCUCUGGCUCGGUGUGUGGCAGCCCUUGCAGCUGCCUGUCCCCAGGAGGCAGCAGGCACGGCAGACCGCCUGGUCUGCGAUGCCAGGUCACCCCACUCCAGCACAGGGGUUAAGGUUCUGGCGUUCUUGUCAUUAGCCGAGGUGGGCCAGGUGGCUGGGCCCGGCCCCCAGCGGGAGCUGAAGGCAGUGCUCCUGGAAGCCUUGGGGUCACCCAGUGAGGACGUCAGAGCGGCUGCCUCCUACGCGCUGGGCCGCGUGGGCGCUGGGAACCUACCCGACUUCCUGCCCUUCCUGCUGGGGCAAAUCGAGGCCGAGCCCCGGCGGCAGUACCUGCUGCUACACUCGCUCAGGGAAGCCCUGGGGGCCGCCCCACCCGACAGCCUGAAGCCCUAUGCUGAGGAUAUCUGGACCCUGCUGUUCCAGCGCUGUGAGGGUGCCGAGGAGGGCACCCGGGGGGUGGUGGCUGAAUGCCUCGGGAAGCUGGUCCUCGUGAACCCUCCAUUCCUUCUGCCCCGAUUCCAGAAGCAACUUGCUGCAGGUCGGCCGCACACCCGGAGCACUGUCAUCACAGCCGUCAAGUUCCUUAUCUCGGACCAGCCCCAUCCCAUCGACCCCCUGCUGAAGAGCUUCAUUGGAGAGUUCAUGGAUAGUUUGCAGGAUCCAGACCUUAACGUGCGCCGGGCCACUCUGGCUUUUUUCAACUCAGCCGUGCACAACAAGCCCUCGUUGGUCCGGGACCUGCUGGAUGACAUCCUGCCUCUCCUCUACCAGGAGACAAAGAUCCGCCGGGACCUCAUCCGAGAGGUGGAGAUGGGGCCCUUUAAGCACACAGUGGAUGAUGGGCUGGACGUGCGGAAGGCGGCCUUUGAGUGCAUGUACUCACUGCUUGAGAGCUGCCUGGGCCAGCUGGACAUCUGUGAGUUCCUGAACCAUGUGGAGGAUGGCCUGAAGGACCACUACGACAUCCGGAUGCUGACCUUCAUCAUGCUCGCACGAUUGGCUACUCUGUGUCCUGCACCCGUCCUACAGAGGGUAGACCGGCUCAUUGAGCCCCUCAGGGCCACCUGCACUGCCAAGGUCAAAGCUGGUUCCGUGAAGCAGGAGUUUGAGAAGCAAGAUGAACUGAAGCGCUCUGCCAUGAGGGCAGUGGCCGCCUUGCUGACCAUCCCAGAAGUGGGGAAAAGCCCCAUCAUGGCCGACUUCUCUUCCCAAAUCAGAUCCAACCCUGAACUUGCCGCCCUCUUUGAAAGCAUCCAGGAUUCUGCUUCAGCCCCCAGCACAGACUCAAUGGAGCUGAGCUAGUCCUGCAGCCCCCAGAUGGGCCCUUAUUGAAGAGAAGGGGGCCCACCCAAGCCAGAGGCCACAGCCUUUCCUUCAAACCUUUCUUAUCGCUGGGGGCCUUCUUGCUCCUGUUCAGGGCACAGUGCCUUCUCUAGGGACCCCAACUCAAAAGGCCCCAAGCUGAAGCUGCAAGGCUGCCAACAGUUGGGCCCUUUAACUCAGGACAGUCAUUCAAAACAACAGGGUUUAAUUUUCCAAGUCUUCCACGCAAAGGUUGAUGUGACUUCGCACUGGUCUGGUUCCUUCAAGCUGGGGUGUCCCUGCCUCACAAAGUACUUAGUAUUUAGAUAUAUUCUUGUGCUCACAGCUGAGAGGUUAGUAGGCAGCAGGCUGGCCUUCCUUCCCGUGUCCCAGAUUUGUUGCUCACACCACUCCCAUUUUUUCAGUUCACUUAACCUGAUAUGGCUGGGCAUCUUAAAACUUCAAGAUAUUUGAGUUAUUCACAUUUUAGAAUUCAAAACCGCUUUAUUUCUAAUUGGCAGUGAUGAAUCAGUGUUUUCUUGGAGGGGGAGCAGGGUGCGUAGGGAACUAGAGCUAAUGAGUUUUUCUAAUUUCAAAAAUAACAUAGCAACCUGGGAAACAGGAAAGCACUAAAGUACAAACCAUCUUUCAUGUCAUACCCUGCCCCCCCAAGCAUACCAGUUGGCUUCUGACCUGGGGGCUCUGAACAUGUGGUUUUUAGCAUCGAGGACACAGAAUUAAGCAACAGGCCAAAGAAUUUUUUGCUAUCCCAGGUUAAUAAAGGAGAGAUCCUAAAUUAGAACUAUAUUCUCUGCACAACUCCUCUACUCAGUAGUCACACAGUCUAUGUACCAAGUCAAUUUAAAAGCAUGAAAAUGACCAUAAAUUUAUGCAACAGAUGUUUCAGACUAGGUUUUGCACAGGUGGCAGUCAACCAAAGACAUUUAUCUACUGGCACUAAGGGCCUUAAUUCUGAUCAUGGCUAGCACACCAAGAAAAUUAUAAUCAGUGUAGUAUUUCUGCUUGGUUGACCAGGAUUGGGGCGGGGGGCCCCAACCCUAUAAACAUGUCUUGUACUAGAUAGAGUACCACAUGCCAUAUCCCAUGUGACCUAUACUGCCACUUCAUACCAUUUCUUGGAGUAUCAUAACCUUAGAAUUAAUAACAGCUAAAUUCUAGCCCUUGUUGCCUAAGGUUGAAGGUUGUAGUUGAAAAGGAGUUUGAGUGUUAAAUUCUGAGUCCCAAGAGGCCCCAUUAUCACCAGUUAAGGAUCCUACCCUCUUGGAAACUGCUGCUAAAUUAUGCCUGAAGCAGAAAGCUGGGGGAGGUUAUAUGAGAGAUUAAAAAUGAUCUUCAAACAUCCAAGGCUGAUCACAUAUAGUAGAGGAAUGCAUGUGUCAUCCUAUUGUGUAUUUUUGGACAGAAGCUAUGGGGUGCUAUUUCAGUACCAGCAACAAUUUAAGGGAGUAAGAAACUCAUCUGGAUCCUUUCACGCGUUUUCUUAAUCUUCACAAGAACUACAAAGGAUAACUGUCUUCCCCAACCUUACAAAAGUGAGGCUAAGAACUACUUCUUGCUCUGAGCUGCAUGGUCCUUCAAUUGAGGGUCUCGGAACCUACCUUAGUCUGAGGGCCACGUCUUCCCCAGCCCUAAGCCCUAACUGGGAGCUGACCAAGGCUGGUAU